AUGUCUCAACCUAAUAAAAAUGAAGAGAAUAGGAAAAAUAAAGAAAGAAAAAAUGUGGAAAAAAAUGAAUAUGAGGAUAAAGAGAACAAAAAAGAGAUGAAUAGAGAAAAUAAAGGAAGAGAAAAUAAAGAUGAUGAAUAUGAGAAUGAAGAAAAUGAAAAGAAGGAUAAAAAAAAUAAAGAGAAGGAUGAAGAAAAUAAAGAGGAGGAUGAAGAAAAUAAAAAGGAGGAUGAAGAAAAUAAAGAAGAGGAGAAUAAAGAGAAUGAAGAAAAAGAAGAUGAAGAGGAAAGAGAAGAUAAUGACAAUAAAAAUA